AUGAAUAUUUUUGAAUAUAAUGGAGGUGUUUGUGUGGCCAUGAUGGGGAAAAACUGUGUUGCAAUUGCAUCAGAUUUACGUCUUGGGCAAGGGGGUGUCAUGAUUACUAAUAAUUUCUCUAAAAUUGUACCGGUAACAGAAAAAUCAUAUAUGGGUUUAUCAGGUCUUGCAACAGAUAUUGUUAUGUUAUCGAAAUUGAUUCGUUACAAGGUUAACAUGUAUAAAUUGCGUGAAGAACGAGUGAUUGAACCGAAAACAUUGGCUAAUUUGUUGUCAACAACAUUAUAUCAAAAAAGAUUUGCAAGUUAUUUUGUGAUGCCUAUUCUUGCGGGCCUUGAUAGUAAAACUGGAGAGCCAUUUAUAUGCGGACUUGAUAAUAUUGGGUGUCUUGAUAUUUCAAAUGAUUUUGUGGUAUCAGGUACAGCUUCUGAACAACUGUAUGGUAUAUGUGAAUGUCUUUGGACACCUGAUUUAGAACCGGAUGAUUUGUUUGAAACUAUUUCUCAAGCAUUAUUAAAUGCUCAAGACAGAGAUGCUUUAUCAGGAAUGGGUGGUGUUGUUUAUGUUAUAAGUCAAGAUAAAGUAACAAAGAGUUAUUUGAAAAGUAGACAAGAUUAG